AUGGCUGCACACUCUCAAAUACCCAUUGCACUAUCUCAGCUUGGCUCUUGGUUUUGGUAUGCUGUCUGUAUGUUCAAUAAUUUAUUCUCAUGCACUGUCACGUUCUUGGCUUUAUCGACAAUCUUGACCAUCUCCAUUCCACAGCAUUUUUUAGAAAUGAUGAAUCAAUUGAUUGCACCCUUUUGCACAGCAACUGAAUGCAUGGAAUCUUCAUCUGUUGAUGUGGCCAAUCACAGGAAUGGGGUUGAAGAAGGAAUAAAUGGGAGCAGUCCAAUCUUUAAUCAUACCGAGUUCAGCUUCAGCAUCUUCAACAUCUUCUUUGGCACUCACAUUACUAAUGUCCUCUUGUGGAACCUCACUGCUGGCUUGGCUCUUGGUUUCACUGCCAUCAAGACCAACAUGGAUAAUUGUGCUCCCAGUAUGUAA